AGCGGGGGAGCGGGCGGCAGCGGGGUCCGGAGCAGCUGGCGGAGGCGGCACGCCCCGCGCAGCCGUCAGGGAGCUCCGUGACCGGAGGGAGGUGGGAGCCCCGUCCGACACGGGGCUUUAACGCAACCGACGCCGCGAGGAGCGCCCUGACCGCGGGCCGUUCUCCUUCAGCACCGGUGCGGUGGAUGCUGGAGGCGUCAGGCAACUUCCCUUACAGCCCUGUGAUAGCCUCCGCCAGCCCGAGCAGGAGCUGGCAGGGGGACCGCCGCGGUCCUUACAAGGGAAAAAACGCAUCUGUAAACGGGUGCGCAGCGCUGCUGCGGAGGCUCGGGGCUGCGGCACGUUCCUGCGCAUUGCAAGCCUAAGGGAGAGCAGAGAACGCUGCGAGAUAUCGAGCAUCCUUAACGCCCGCCGGGGCAGAACCAGCAGUUUUCGUUUCUUUCUCUUCGCUCCUGGAUCUCGCGUUUUGCGUUUUGACAAGUUGAGGGCACGGAGCCCAGCUGCUGGCCGCUGCGCAGCAGCGUGGUGCUGCUCGCUGCGACGCGGCUGUUUCGCGGGACCGGGCCGGAGCGGCAUUGCCCCAGCAGCGCAUCUACAGCACGGAUGCCCGCCCCGAGCUCUGCCGGUGAAGCCACAAAACCCAGCCUAACGAACGAGUACAGCUGCCACCUCGAUGGACAAGUCCUGGGACUGGCGGCAUUGCUGCCGCAGCAGCGCGCCCAGCGCCCGUGGGGGCGGCACAGCGCAGCGGGGGUGCAGCCCCGGCUGGAAGAAGGAACGGGAACGGCGUAGAAGUUCGAGAGGAAGAACGUGCAUUACGGAAACUAUGCCCCAGACGCCAAUAUUUUCCAGCAUGCUUGGCUCCAGCUGUAGUGGACAAGUGCAGCCUGAUAUGGGAGAGAGAUGCAUGGACCCCGUUUAUCAGGAUGGGAACAUUGUUUCUGGAUCAUUGGAGGCUUUGAUAGAGCGCCUGGUACCCACCAUGGACUAUUAUCCAGAUAGGACUUACAUCUUCACUUUCCUGUUGAGCUCCCGAGUCUUCAUUCACCCACAUGAGCUCCUGGCUAAAGUGGGGCAGAUAUGCAUUAAACAGAAGCAGCAGCUGGAAGCCGGGACCGAGGCAGAAAAGGCAAAGCUGAAGUCCUUCGCUGCCAAAAUCAUUCAGCUCCUGAAGGAAUGGACUGAAACUUUCCCCUAUGAUUUCCAAGAUGAAAAAUCCAUGAAGGAGUUGAAGGAGAUUGCUCACAGGAUCACACAGUGUGAUGAGGAAAAUGGCACAGUAAAAAAGAUCAUUAGCCAGAUGACACAGAAUCUCCUGUUGGCUCUCUCCGCACGGAGCCAGUACCAGGAAAUAAAAGAGAAAUUCCGGCAACCUGCUACUGACAAAGGCACCAUCCUCAAAACCAAGCCACAGUCUACUCAAAAGGACAUCCUGAGUGUGUGCUGUGACCCGCUGAUCCUGGCACAACAACUAACCCAUAUUGAACUGGAACGGGUGAGCAACAUUUACCCAGAGGAUCUGAUGCAGAUUGUCAGCCACAUGGACUCCCUGGAUAAUCACAAGUGCCGAGGCGAUGUUACCAAAACCUACAAUUUGGAGGCCUACGACAACUGGUUCAAUUGUCUUAGCAUGCUGGUGGCCACAGAGAUUUGCAGGGUGGUAAAGAAAAAACAGCGAACAAGAAUGGUGGAAUUUUUCAUUGAUGUGGCAAGAGAGUGCUUCAAUAUUGGAAAUUUCAACUCAAUGAUGGCUAUUAUCUCUGGCAUGAACUUGAGUCCUGUGGCACGGCUAAAGAAAACUUGGUCCAAGGUCAAAACUGCCAAAUUUGAUGUGUUAGAGCAUCACAUGGAUCCAUCCAGCAACUUCUGUAAUUACCGUACGGCCCUGCAAGGAGCAGCACAGCGAUCUCAGACUGCCAACAGCAAUCGAGAGAAAAUAGUCAUCCCAGUUUUCAACCUGUUUAUUAAAGAUAUCUACUUUCUGCACAAAAUACAUACAAACCGCUUGCCCAAUGGGCAGAUAAACUUCAAGAAAUUCUGGGAAAUUUCAAGACAGAUUCAUGAUUUCCUGACAUGGAAGCAGGUAGAGUGUCCUUUUGAAAAGGACAAGAAGAUCCAGAGUUAUCUACUCACUGCGCCCAUUUACAGUGAAGAAGCUCUGUUUAUUGCAUCCUUUGAAAGUGAAGGUCCAGAAAACCACAUGGAAAAAGACAGCUGGAAAACACUCAGGACAACUCUGCUUAACAGGGCCUGAGAUUUUUGGAUCUGAUCUGCAGACUUUGAAGCACACAGAAUGAAUGUGUUUUUACAACCUGAAAGACUUGGACUGAGUUAAGAUGACCUCACUGGUUGAGGUCUGUUUUGUAUAUACAGUACCUUUUAUGAAACAAAAUGUGGUAAAUAUUUCACAUGUCAACCUUAAGGCACUUAAGUGAAGGGUUUUGUUUUUUAUUUAAAAAAAGGGCAGGGCCCUGUUCUCAGAGACGAAGUGUAUCGUGGGAGGUGGGAUCCCUGGGGAGAUCUUAUUCUAUCAGCAUCCAAAUUUUUAUUUUUUAUUACUUCCACCAAAUCAAAUAAAAGUUAAAGCACACAUCUCAGCUACAGCCAGUGUUAGAUACUCCAUUGAACCAAUAGCCUACAGAACACUCAAUACGUCUACCUGUGGUUUCAUCCAAAUCAGUGAGAGUGGUCACACGUACGAGUGUUUGUAGAGUCAAGGCCUUAGACAUCUGCAGUAAGCCUGUUCCUCUCCUACAUCAGAAAAUAGUGCCUUACAAGGUACUGACAUAGUUUAGCGUACCUUCUAUUAUGCUGGAUUGGAAGCAAAGAAAAUAAAAAUAUGGAUGUCUCAAAACCAGCCACAAUGUACUUUUUAAAUAAAAUGAAGAAUAUGACACGUGAGGUAGAGUAUACCUGCCUACGACACUGAUGGUGCAGCAAACAUAUUUUUGUUACACAGUUUAAAGAGAAGAUGGGGUAACUACUGAGGGUUGUGCGUUUGUGUGUGCGUAUGUGUGUGCAUGUGUGAAUAUGCACACGUCUAAGUUUUAAUACUUCUGGGAACUAUCUUUCAAAUUCUGAUUGUCAGAAUAGUUUGUGUUUUCCUUUCUAAAAUCAGGGAUUUUUUUUUUUUUUAAGAGGAGGAUGUCUAACCUAGAUUAUCUCUGCAAAACAGGUUCAAUAUGUGUUUCUGCAAACAGUUUAAGGGGAAAAAAAAAAUCAUGCACAAAUAAAGGAGAGGGAAGUAAACUCAGAUGUCCAACUAAGGCUAAAAUUGCCAAAGAAGGUUAAGAGUUCAUCUCUGCUGACUUGGGUAUUUAAACCCCUUGGUUCCUUUGAAAAUGCUAGUCCGGACUUCAAGACCAAAGCAAAGACCAAUUUACAUCAUAAACUUGUUUAGUAUUUCACAAGCCAUGACAGUCUGGGGCGGGAUCCACUGAAAUCCAUAGGAAAACAGUAUAAGGAACUAAUCAAGCCUUUGAAUCUAGGUCAAGGUUAGAGAUGAUCUAUAAACCUAUCGAUAGUUAGAAGUAAUGCCCAUCAUUUCCAACUUCUCCUUUUCACCCUGAGUUUAUACCUAUUUAUCUAUCCAAAUGAGCAUACAAGAAGCUUAAAACUAAGCUAUCCAUUUCAGAAAAAAUGUUACACAUUUCAAGAUUUUUCUUUCUCCCCAAAUGUCAAGUUAAGAAAAAAGAAAGAAAAUAGGCUCAGAUUAAAAGCUACUUUGUUUUAUGAAUAUUUACUAUCCUUUCCAGUAACCGUUCUCCUAAGGCAUGGGGGCCAGGUAUUUGUAAAGACGAUGACUGAGCUGGGCUGUUGUAUUGGAGUUUUUCUUUCUUCAAAAGCUCUUUAAAGUCCUGUGGUUACAGCCUCUCUCACUGAUCAUCACAGAGGAUCUCUGCACCACUUUAUUUUAAAAUGGUCAGUUUUGAGUAGUUUCUUUGUAUCCUAUUCUGGUCUGUGUUGAAGCGGGGACAAGACUUGCUGGACUGAGGGUCAGGUUUACUCCAGUCCAGUUGCCUCUUCUCUCUGAGUGCCUACAGCCUUCAGCAGUGCCACUGUUUCACAUAGCAUCACUUAACAGAAAAUGGUUGCUAUGUUGGCCCUGCAGUACAGUGAAAUAUUAAAGAGCCUUCCCUCUCUCCCUGUUCUCCCUCCUGCCCCCUGGUAAAUACUUAAAAUUAGAACAGUAAGUUGGGGUAUAGGAGAGAGAAAUCAACAUUUUGCUUUUCCUGUAGCAUUGAAAUCAAAGAGGAACAAAAGCAAGUUAUGCCACAAAGAAGUAGGAGAAAGUAGAACAACUGUUGAAAAGAACAGCCCAGAAAAGGAGAAGGGAUAAUUCUUAUGAUCUGCUGCUAUUUUUCCUGUGCUGAAGUACUGACCUUCAGUCCUGGACUAGAGUAAGAAUAUUUAUACUGUAUUAUUACAGUGUUUUGCACUUUCAGAGAUGUUCUAGCUAGUAACAUUGUUGGACACUAUAAAAGGGAUUGUAUAUCAGCUUUGUUUAUGUAAUUGAGAUUUAAAAGGGAUGCUUAAAAUUUAAGAAAAAAUAUAUAUUUGAAAUGCAAUUUUAGAACUCUUCCUGUAAAUGUAUUAAAAAAAAGCUUUCACAUGAAUGUGCACUUCACUGGUCAAUCAGUCCUAGUAUAUACUUGAAAUCAACGCAGUAUCCACAUUGGUUCCUUUUUCUUUUUCUUCCCUCAGUUUGAUACAUUCCUUAAAUACCGUGUUUUGCUAUUCUGAGCUGAAAUGCUAAAUAUAAAGCUGUACCAUAAAGCAGGAUAUUCUGUGUUUGACUGGAUGUGCUUGCAUUAAUAAAAAAGAGUUGCUUCAACCAGA